UUGUUUUCUGGCUCCUUGUGGGUCUUUUUUUCAGUCACCAAAGGAUGCUUAGUACUUCAAAGGGGAUUUUGGAGCAGAAUGUGCAGUGUUGGGACUGAUUGUGCCAUCUAUUCAAUGAAGAAUCUUGCAAGUGAAGAAGUGGGGAAGCAGCAGCAGAAGUGAAGAGCCGGCUGUGGCAGAGUCUGAGACUCGGGGAAAAAUCACCCUCAUGCCACUUGUAAAUAACAAAGUGGGUGAUGAUUGCUUGGUCGGCACAGACAAGGCUUUGGCUGAUGGCAAAGCUCUGGUGGACUCUUUAACAAAGGUGGUGGCGUGUUACAGACACUUGGCCUUGUGCGUUGGAACCUGCACAGACAGCUUACAGCUGCGAGAUGAACUACGGCAAACACGAGAAAAGGCCCAAAAUUUGGCUUCAGCCAUCUGUCUUCAUCUGACAUCAUAUCUGAGGGACAAGAGCCUGCCUGAGCAGCAACGGAAGGAGAUGGAGCUCCUGUGGGUGGCUUUCUCCUCCAGUCUAGAGCUGCUUCACGCUGAUAUGCGCAAAGUCUUCAACAUGGGAGACGUUUUCUCUCUAGCCAACAGCGCUGCUUUGGUGCAAACUGGCAUACAAGGUGGAGGCAGUGAAGUAGCAGCUCGGGCGCUCAGUCUACCAGACCUGAACCAGGCUCAGGCUUCGUCUCUUCCUGCUGCACUGGAGAGCCAGGAACACAAUGUCAUAGAGCAUGAGAUCAAACAAAUUGACCAUAUGAUCAAUGUCAUGGAGAUGAAAGUCAAUGUGCUGCGCUGGAUGGUGGAGCCCCGUGGGCCACAGUAUGCCGACCCUCUCAGCAGCACCGAUAGCGCCUCGCUGGCUCUGCCGUCCAUCGAUGAGGAGCAGUCUGGACCCCAGCCUCUGUGCCAGCGCAGUCACAUCUUUGUGCUCUUACUGCUGUGUGCUGUUGUUCUGGUGGCAGCUCUACUGUCUGUCAGUAUCGUAUUUUUCUCUUGA